AUGUCUCUCCCAUUAGAAUACGAAGUGACCCUUCCCAAUGGUAAAAAGUUUACCCAGCAAUCUGGUUUAUUCAUUAACAACGAAUUUGUCAAGUCCAAAUCGGGAAAGACCCUCGAAUCUAUAAACCCAUCUACUGGUGUAGUCAACGGUGAAGUUUACGCUGCCGAAGAUGCAGAUGUUGACGUUGCAGUGGAUGCCGCAAGAGCUGCAUUCAAGCUGUGGAAGAAAUUGACCGGUGUUGAAAGAGGUAACUACUUAUUCAAGUUUGCUGAAAUAUUGGCUGAAGAGCAAGAAUUGGUCAGUGCAAUUGAGGCUUGGGAUUCUGGUAAGACCCUAGCUCAAAACGCCGUCUAUGACAUUGAAGAAACUGUCGCUGUGUUCAAAUACUACGCAGGAUGGGCCGAUAAGAUCCAAGGUAGAGUUAUCCAAAAUAACCCAAAGACCUUGGCUUACACAGUACAUGAACCAUAUGGAGUAUGUGGUCAAAUCAUCCCAUGGAAUUACCCAAUCUUGAUGGCCGCUUGGAAAUUGGCACCAGCAUUGGCUGCAGGUAACGUUGUCAUUUUAAAGUCAUCUGAAAUCACUCCAUUGUCUAUUUUAUACUUGGCCACCCUUUUCAAGAAGGCCGGAUUCCCACCAGGAACUGUCAACAUUUUAUCCGGAUUUGGUGCCACCUGUGGUAAGGCCCUUGCUGGUCAUCAUGGUGUCGAUAAGGUUGCCUUCACUGGUUCCACUGCUACUGGUAAGGUUAUCCAACAAUUGGCAUCCUCCAACUUAAAGGCUGUUACUUUAGAAUGUGGUGGUAAGUCUCCUUUGAUUGUAAGAGCAGACGCUGACUUAGACCAAGCUGUCAAGUGGGCUGCCGUUGGUAUCAUGUCCAACCAAGGUCAAGUUUGUACUUCUACCUCCAGAAUUUACAUCCAUGAAUCCAUUUAUGAAGAAUUUUUAACUUUGUUCAGUGCUCAUGUUAAGGAAGUAUAUACCCAAGGUGGUAUGUUUAACGAUGAAGCCAUCGUUGGACCACAAGUUUCUCAAAUGCAGCACGACAAGAUCUUAUCUUACAUUGAUAUUGGUAAGAAGGAAGGCGCUAGAGUUGUCACUGGUGGUGAAAAGAAUGAAGAAGGUGAAUUGGCCAAGGGUUACUUCAUUAAGCCAACUAUCUUUGCAGAUGUGACCCCUAAGAUGAGAAUCGUCAACGAAGAGAUUUUCGGACCAGUUGUUGCAUGUGGUAAAUUCUCCACCGAUGAAGAAGUUGUCGAAUAUGCUAAUCAAACUGAAUACGGCUUGGGAGCAUCCAUCUUCACCAGAGAUAUCGCAGUUGCUCACCUGAUGGCUGCCGAUGUUGAAGCUGGUAUGGUGUGGAUCAAUAGUUCCAACGACUCUGAUCACCAUGUUCCAUUUGGUGGUGUCAAGAUGAGUGGUAUCGGUAGGGAAUUGGGUGAAUAUGGUUUAUCCACUUAUACUCAAGCUAAGGCUGUUUUCGUCAACUUAGCCAACAAGUUGUAA